UCGGAGUUGGAAAUGUCGACCAAUGUGGAUGCGGUGGGAGAUCCGAUCCCGACGUCGGCGGUACUGAUGGCGUCAGCGAAGCACGUAGAGAUCAAUUGCAGAGGCGAAAACAUUGCCUUCCUCAAAUGCAAGAAGGACGAUCCCAACCCCGAGAAAUGCCUCGACAAAGGCCACCAAGUCACUCGCUGCGUCUUUGGCCUGUAAGCACAUGCAUACAUACAUACACCUUUACUUAUAUUUUAUGUAGUGUUGAUUUCAUAUUGUUUGCUUUUUGUGAGUUGAUCAAACAUUCAUGUAAUGAUCAAACAAGUUUAGGGCUUUUUAUCUAAGAAUUUCAUUAACAGGGACUAGGAUUUCUUAUGGAGGAGGAAGUAGUGAAUUGAACUAGUUUUCUGAAGUUGGACAUUGUGUAUGUUUUUCAUAAAGAUGAAGAAUUUUCAGGUCUAGCAUUAGAAUUUGACUAGAUAUAUGGAGUUGAACUUCCUAGAUAUUUCACUGAUUUUGAGGUGCAGUUGGAACAAGAUCAUUUUGCAAUAAUGAAGCAUUGUUCUUAUUGUGGUCCCAUUUGGGAAGGUGGUUUUGGCUAUUUUAGGCACAAAAGACAAAAUAAGCUAUUUAAACCACAACAAACAAAACAUCACAUCCAACUCAUAAUCAUUAAACUCUUCUCUCACAAAAAAAAGCCAAAAAAGUCAAAAAGUCAAAAAGCCUUUCCUAAACCAAGCCUUUUAGCCCAGACUAAAAUAGCUAAAAAAGUCAAAAAGCCAACCCACUUCCCAAACACACCAUCUGCAUUAUUGAUCAAUCAUGUAUUAGGAGUAUGAAGUGAGGAUCUGAGCUUGUGAAUUGUGAUUACAUUGUAAGGUAUAUAGAUUUUUGUUCCUAAACUA